GGAUCCGCUCGCAAGAGCUCUAGGUAUUAGUGAGUAUGGACCCAAAGUUCUGCUUCAACUUAUGGAUUCUUUAUGUCAUACACAAAAUGGCCUCAAAUCAAUGGGACUGAGUUGGCUGGCCACUUGGCUAAGUGCACUUUAUGCAAUGUCAUUCAGUUCUUCUGUCAAAGCUUCAUUUGAAUCGGGAAUGGAAAUGGAAUUCAUACAUACCCUUCGAAAAAUUCCUUUCAUCCCUCUUUCAGACUGGUACAUACGGUGCAGUGGAUGAAGGCCCAAUUUGGUUGCAUUUUGAUGCCUUAAAGACUGAGUUUGAGGGUCAGCAUGGACUUGAGUCUUUUCCUGAUUUGUAUGCUAAACUUCGGAUUGUAAAUCCUGGCUUUCUCAUUGCAUCAUGUGCUGAUGUGCCAUCCGUGGAUGUGACGACAUCUGACAAAGUUACAAGUAUGCUUCGUAGGAUCGGUGUCCAACAGUUAUCCGCACAUGAAAUUAUCAACGAGCACAUCUUGCCGGAUAUAUCUGAUGACAGGUUUACAGACAGUGAUAAGAAUUUGAUGAAUGAUUAUAUUUGCUUUGUAAUGGUUCACCUACAGUUGGACUGCUAUGAUUGUCGUUCUGAACGGGAAUACAUAAUCUCAGAACUAGGAAACAAAGCAUAUAUAUUAACAAAUGGCGGCUUUAAACGACCAGCUGAAGCAUCAAUUCAUUUCAGUAAAGCAUUUGGAAACCCAUUUGACAUAAAUAAAUUGAUUGAUGGGGUGGAUCUGGUUUGGCAUGAGAUUGACAUCUCCUAUCUGAAGCAUCCUGCCACCAGAUCACUCCCAAGUGGACUGAUGAAAUGGAGGGAAUUUUUCCAGAAAAUUGGUGUUACAGAUUUUGUGAAAGUAGUUCAAGUUGAGAAAGGAAUCAGUAGUUUAUCCGAUGCUUUAUUGAAUGAGUUGAUGUUCAAUAAGGACAUCAUUUCCCAUGGAUUGAAUGCCACUGAUUGGGAGUCACCUGAAUUAGUCCAGUUAUUGACCCUAUUAUCCGGAGAUGACGACAAAAAAGGUUGUGAGUAUCUCUUAGAGGUUCUCGAUACAUUAUGGGAUGAUUGCUACAGUGAUAAAACAACAGGUUACUGCAUUUCUAAAUCGGUAGCUGAUAGAUGGCCUUUCAGAUCUUCGUUUAUAAGCAGUAUCUGUGAUGUGCAAUGGGUAGUAUCAACAAUGGAUGAUGAACUUCACUAUUCAAAAACUUUGUAUCACAACUGUCAUGCAGUGCGCUCGAUUCUGGGUGCAUCUGCUCCAUAUUCUGUUCCAAAGGUGAGAAGUGGAAAGUUUGCAAGUGAUAUUGGGUUUAAGACAAGAAUCUCUCUUGGCGAUGUUCUUGAGAUUUUGAAACUCUGGAGGUGUGAGAAACCAUUCAGGGCCAGCCUAGCACAAAUGUUCAAAUUUUACUCAUUAGUUUGGAAUGAAAUGGCUCCUUCAAAGCAGAUAAUUAUGGACGAGUUCCAUUCUGGACCUUCCAUAUUUGUUCCAUAUCAAUCUGGCUUCAGUCACGAGGAUGUGGUGUCUGGUGUAUUUUUGUCCCCUGAAGAAGUAUAUUGGGAUGAUUCCUCUAACUUUAUCAAGGCGGUCCGUCCUGAGUAUAGCUCAACAGCUGUCCGUCCUGUGUGCAGCUCAACAGCUGUCAAUCACAUCCCCUUAAAUAAGAUGCUUCGUAAUUUCUACCCAGGCCUUCAUGACUUCUUUGUUGGUCACUUUGGAGUACAUGAGACCCCACCUUUUCGGAGCUACCUUCAGAUUUUGUUAGAUUUAUCAAAUGUUGCUUUGCCUUCACAAGCAGCUAUUGCUGUUUUUCAAGUUCUCCUCAAAUGGACUGAUGGGUUGAAGUCAGGAUCAAGUGCUGAAGAUAUUCUUUAUCUGAAAAGGUCUCUUACGAAGAUUGAAUGCACGGUGCUUCCUACUGUGCAAGAUAAGUGGGUUUCUCUACAUCCUUCCUUUGGAUUUGUCUGCUGGUGUGAUGAUUUGAUGUUAAGACAGCAGUUUACGCAUUUGGAUGGCGUUCAUUUUUUAUACUUCGGUGAACUAAGUCACGAUGAUGUAGAGAUGCUAUUUAAGAAAGUUUCCAUUCUCUUGAAAGCUUUAGGGAUUCCUGCACUCUCAGAGGCUGUAACUCGUCAGGCAUUAUUUUCCGGUCUGGGAGAUUGUAGCUUUAAAGCUGCAUUGCUGGAUUGGGCUCUUCCAUAUGCACAACGCUACUUACAAAGUGUACACCCUGAUAAAUAUACACAACUCAAGCACUUUGGAUUUGAUAUAGUAAAUCGUCUACAAGUAGUAGUUGUUGAAAAGCUGUUUUAUCAGAACGUUAUAAAGAGUUUCGGAAUUAAAUCCAAGAAGAGGCUUAGAUGUAGCUGUCUGCUGCAGGGUAGCACGUUGUAUACGAACCAAGAGCCUGAUUCACACGCAUUAUUUGUGGAGCUAUCACGUUUGCUUUUUGACGGAAUUCCAGAAUUACACUUGGCAAAUUUCCUUCAUAUGAUCACAAUCAUGGCUGAAUCAGGUUCAACUGAGGAGCAGACAGAGUUUUUUAUCUUGAACAGCCAAAAGGUGCCAAAACUUUCUGGCGGAGAAUCUGUUUGGUCCCUGCCAUCAGUGCGUUCAUUGACAGACAAUUACAAGUCACUCCAAAGUAGUGUAACUUCGACAGAAAUAAAUGAGGAAAGCUGUUCAAAAUCCAAAAGGAAAGCAAUAAAGUGGCCACCUGUUGAUUGGAAAACUGCACCGGUUGCACAGUUUAGCAGUGCCUUGGAAAAAGAAAUGCAUGAUGAUUCUGGUGGCAUUAUCGGACAGUUGGAUAAUUUGACUCCAGGUUCAGUUGACAUUAAUUGGACCAUUGAAGAUGAUUCAGCAACGACAUCUGCAGCUUUAGUCAUGCCAGACUUCAAUGAUCUGCAAGAACAUUGUGGUGCAGCUUGCAAUGAGACUGACAAUAGAAUGCGUAUUGAAUUUGAUCCUAUUAACUUAGGUUUUGUUUCUGACCCUCCCGAGAUGCGUUCGUCUAGUUUUAGCCAAAGAGACCAACCUAGACAUGCUGGUACAUCCAGUGGAAGAGAUGGAAGAGAUGCGAUGCUGACCGGUAGACUAGGUGAGCUUGUUGCUUUUAAAUACUUGAUAGCAAAAGCUGGAAAGUCUGUUGUGAAGUGGGUCAAUGAAUGUAACGAAACCGGGCUUCCCUAUGACAUAGUUAUAAGGGAGAAGGAAGAUAGUACAGAGUUCAUUGAAGUUAAAGCAACCCAGUUCCGGACAAAAGAUUGGUUUCGCAUAUCAAUGAGGGAGUGGCAAUUCGCAGUUGAAAAAGGUGAAGCUUUCAGCAUUUUGCAUGUCAUUUUGUUGGGUAAUAAUGCUGCAAGGGUCUCGGUAUACAAGAACCCUGUGAAAUUGUGUCAGUCGGGCAAGCUGCAUUUGAAUCUUUCGAUGCCUAAGCAUCACAAGGAAUUAUUCCUGCUGUCGUGACGGUGCUUCAUAAGCCGGCCCCCAUGUGACUGAUCGGCUUUGGGCUGCAUCCAAAGUUCAGUUCAGCAGGUACAUGUUUUACUAGCAUGUGUAGAUACAAGAACAGAAAGGUACAUAGUGAUCCCUGCUCUGCUUUGGUACAAUUGCAGCAGCUAUGCUUUUAUACAACUACAUCUUGAGUUGCUGCUCUCAUUUGACCAGAUUUUAGCGUAUCCGUGUCAUAUCCUACCGAUGUGCUAGUCCGGUUGGUUUGCUGGAAUUUGCGUUGCAGCAACUACGAUCAGGCGUGCCACGAUAUACUAACUCUAGCAGGACUUGUUAUGGUUCAGUGAAGAAUCGAGUCGCUGUUGUAUGUAUAAUGAUAAAUUCUGGAAAGUGUAUGUAUAUAUGUACUUAAAGAAAGAACUAACUUAUGUAGUUGCUUUUCAUAGGUAUCAGCUCAGUCAAGACAUAUUUGUACAUUAUACCUGAGAUUUUAUAAAAUACUAGCUUCUUGUCACA